AUGACCGUUGGUUUAAUAUUAUUCUUUAUUCUUGUGAUUACGAUCAAUGCACAAAAAGGAAAUCUUCCUGAUUGUAAAUCAGGUCCACUUUCAACAUUUCCUAUAUGUAAUCAAUCCCUUCCAUCACGUCAAAGAGCUGCUGAUCUUAUUAGUCGUAUGACAACAACUGAAAAAAUUACACAACUGGUAACAACAGCAGCUGCUAUACCUCGUCUAGGUUUACCUAAAUAUGAAUGGUGGUCUGAUUGUUUACAUGGUGUCGGAUAUGCUCCUGGUGUUUCAUUUGGUGGUGAUUUACCUGCAGCAACUAGUUUUCCAAUGCCAAUCAAUCUUGGUGCAUCAUUUAAUACUGCUCUUCUUCAUCGUAUUUUCUCUACUAUAUCAACUGAAGCACGAGCAUUUAAUAGUGAAGAUCGUGCCGGUUUAGUUUUUCUUUCACCAAAUAUAAAUAUAUUUCGUGAUCCACGAUGGGGUCGUGGUCAAGAAACACCAGGUGAAGAUCCAUUUCUAACAUCUCAAUAUGUAUAUGAAUAUGUUAAUGGUUUACAACGUGGUGAAGAUGAACGUUAUUUAAAAGUUGCUGCUAAUUGUAAACAUUAUGCUGCGUAUGAUUUAGAAAAUUGGAAUGGUACAGAUCGUUUUCAUUUUGAUGCACGUGUUAGUGAUCAAGAUCUUAUUGAAACAUAUUUACCACCAUUUGAAACAUGUAUUCACGAUGCAAAAGUUGCAAGUAUUAUGUGUAGUUAUAAUUCAAUUAAUGGUAUUCCUGCAUGUGCUAAUCAAUUUCUAAUUAAAACUAUUGCACGUGAAUCGUAUCAUCUUGAUGGUUUUGUUGUUAGUGAUUGUGAUGCUAUUGAAAUAAUUAUGAAUGAUCAUAAUUAUACAUCAACAGUACAAGAUACAAUUGCUGUUGCAUUACAUGCUGGUACAGAUCUUGAUUGUGGACAAUUUUAUUUAAAUUAUACUCAACAAGCAUUAGAUAAUAAAACUAUUAUUGAAACUGAUAUUAAUCAAGCACUUGAACGAACAUUUAAUGUUCUUAUUCGUCUUGGUUAUUUUGAUCCACCUGAACAACAACCAUAUAGAAAAUUAUCACAUAUUAAUGUUGAUACAAUAGAAGCUAGACAAUUAGCAUUAGAUGCUGCACAACAAAGUAUUGUUUUAUUAAAAAAUACAAAUAAAGCAUUACCAUUAAAUCUUAAUCAAUUACGAAAUAAAAAAAUUGCAUUAAUUGGUCCAACAGCAAAUGCAACACGUUUAAUGCAAGGAAAUUAUUAUGGUACACCACCAUUUUUGAUUGAUCCUAUUACUGGUUUUCAAGAAGUAACAAAAAAUUAUUCGAUCGAUAUUUCAUUUGCUUAUGGUUGUAAAAUAUCUGAUGAUGAUGAAAGUGGUUUUGUAGAAGCUAUUGAACUAGCUUAUACAUCUGAUGUUGUUAUUUUCUUUGGUGGUAUUGAUCAAUCCAUCGAAGCUGAAGGUCAUGAUCGAGAAUCAAUUGCAUUACCUACUGUCCAAUUAACAUUAAUUCAACAACUUGAAAAAAUUGUUUGUUCACCUCUUCACGUUGUUAUUAUGUCUGGUAGUGGUCUUGAUCUAAGUUACAUACGCGAUUCUUCUGAAUCUGAUAGUCUUAUUUGGAUGGGUUAUGCUGGACAAGCUGGUGGUCUUGCUAUAGCUAAUGUUAUGUUUGGCCAAUAUAAUCCUGGUGGACGUUUACCAAUUACAUUUUAUCCUGCAUCAUAUAUUAAUGAUGUUAGUAUGUCUGAUAUGCAAAUGCGACCAUCACCAACGAAUCCUGGUCGUACAUAUAAAUUUUAUACAGGACAAGCAGUUUUUGAAUUUGGUUAUGGUCUUUCAUAUACAACAUUUAAUUAUUCAUGGUAUAAUAAUUCAAUGAAUUCAAUAUUUUCUAUAAGAUCUUUAAUGAAAAAUAAUUAUAAUGAAAAGAAAUUACAUCUUCAAUUUUAUCGUGUUAAUGUAACGAAUAUAGGUCAAAUAGUAGGUGAUGAUGUUGUUCUUGCAUUUAUUAUACCACCGAGAAAUUCCUUCAAUGAUCCAUCACCACCUCUUAGAAAAUUAUUUGGUUUUAAACGUGUUCAAUUAAAUAUUAAUCAAACAAUUCAAGUCUUUUUUCCAUUAAAUAUUGAUUCAUUAUUAACCGUAGCAUAUAAUGGAUCGAAAUGGUUAGAACCAGGUUCAUAUAAAAUUCUAAUUAGAAAACAACAUAUGCAUACAGUUUAUUUACGUGGACGACCAACUCGAUAUUCUUAA